AAGAUAUAAACAAAAAUGUGCAGUGAUUGUAAUGGGCGUAGUCACUAUCGCCUUUUAUCUGAUAAAUUCAUUGAUUAUAAAAGAUAACGCCCUAAUGCUGUAGCGACAUUGGACUAGAUAAAAAAUAUAGGACUACUCUGAUAAAAAGAAUGCAAAUACAUCUUAUUUAGGGCAUGUUGUAAAGUUUUGUUCUUUGUAACUUCAGUAACCAGAUUUACUUGGAAAUUACGUAAUUAACAACGUUUUAUGAGUGUUUGUUUAUAUACAAAGUGAUUAUAAACAAAGUAUAAUUCAUGAAAGUGUCUAACUUCGAAGAAACGUGACUCAAACAACUACUUAACAUCGACUAUGUGAUUCAUCGAAACUUUUCUUAUAAUUACUGUGUAGUGUUUGUGAUGCGAAAAAAUGUUCCAGAAAGCAUUUUUAGCCCUUUUCCUGACUGCUAACGUGCAAUGCCAAUCGAACAAAGACUUAUACAAUGGACAGUAUAACAACGAAUUCUAUAAAACGCAAAAAUUGGACAGCUCUCGAGAGACAAGACUGCCAAAUCCUGGCGACAGUAAUUAUAGGACUUAUGUGUAUAAUAGCAGGAGGUACGGGACGGAUCCAACGCGGUACAAUCCCUUCAAUCCUAGUAUAAACCAGCCAGGAGGGUUUCCAUACAAUCCUAUAAACACAAACCCUUUGGAUGACUCAUAUAAGUUUAACACACCCCAAGACCCGAACAACCCGGAUGCACUGUUCCCGGGAGUGCUUGGAGGCUGGAGAGAGGACCUUCAAGGCAGGGAGCGGAGGGACUCGCGGCUGCUCAAGCGAGACAUCUUUGUUAACACUAACUACGGACAAGUACAAGGAUUUAAGGUCCACUUAUAUGACAAUCCAGACCCUGACUCGGGAUAUAGACCCUGGCUAACCCCAGUGGAAAGGAUACAAGGAGAGGCUUCAGUAUUUCUUGGCAUUCCAUAUGCUAGGCCUCCUGUCUUAGAUGGAAGAUUCAAGCCCCCUCGUCAGCACCCUGGAUGGCAGCUGCUCCAAGCUGUUGACUGGGGUCCAGCUUGCCCCCAACCAGUGAGAUUUACUGGGGCAACCAAAGGCAUCCGUGAUAUGGACGAAGAUUGCCUGUACCUCAACAUUUUCUCUCCUAAUACGGAAGCAGGCACCACAGCGCAGAAAUACCCAGUAAUGGUGUACAUUCACGGCGGGCAAUUCUCUUCUGGAGCCUCAAAUUUGUUCCCCGCACAUAUGCUUGCUGCCUUCUAUAAGGUCGUCGUGGUUUCUAUCAACUACAGGCUUGGAGCUCUUGGUUUCCUCUCUACCGCCGAUGACAACUCUCCUGGCAACUACGGCAUCCUCGAUCAGGCGAUGGCCUUACGAUGGAUCCGAGAUAACAUAGAUCCGUUUAAUGGGGACCGCAAUUCCAUCACUCUGUUCGGUCCGGGCGCUGGUGCGGCCUCUGCUGGAUUGCUGGCUUUAGCGCCGACGACAAGGGAUAUUGUAACUGGCAUUAUAGCACAGAGUGGUUCAGCACUAGCCGACUGGGCGAUGAUAGAAGACAAGUUCCGCGUACAAAACACUUCUCUCGUGUUCGGCCGCCUGCUCGGCUGCCCCAUCGACUCUUCGUGGAAACUGGUCAACUGCCUCCGCCAAGGUCGCAGCUUCUAUGAGCUGGGGAAUGCUGAAUUUGAGCCCCACGUCGGCUUUAUUCCCUGGGGUCCUGUCUACGAGAACAACUUCACCUACCCCGCCGACGGCUGGUACGAGGGCUGGCGCGAGCGAGACUGGCACUUCCUGGACUCCAUGCCCGAGGAACUCAUCCGGAGAAGACAGUUCAACCCUGCGCUGCGGUACAUGACCGGCGUCACCACGCAGGAGGCGGCCUACGUGCUGUACAACAACCAAUCCCUAGCCCCGAACUUUGAAAUAUCAGAAACAUGGUUCAACCAGAAAGUGCAAGAACUUGUCAAACGGUAUAACUAUACCCUCAACCCUCGAGGAGUGUACGAAGCGAUCCGGUACAUGUACACCUACCACCCUGAGCCACACAACGUUAGUGCCAUACGGGACCAAUAUGUGCAUUUACUAUCCGACUUUCUAUACCGCGCGCCGACCGACAAAAUGGUGAAACUGCUACUAGAACAAAAAGUCCCAGUGUACAUGUACGUUCUAAACACAACCGUGGAGUCCUACAACUGGCCGCAGUGGAGGCAAUACUCACACGAUAUAGAGCAUUACUUCUUAACUGGGGCUCCGUUCAUGGACCAGGAGUUUUUCCCGAGGAAGCAGCGGAUCGACAGGCAGAUGUGGACACCGAACGAUAGGAAUAUGAGCCAUUUCUUUAUGAAGGCGUUCUCGGACUUCGCGAGGUUUGGCAACCCAACCCGCACUCGCAUCCUCGGCGUACACUUCGAACAAGCGACAGAAGGUCAACUACGCUACCUCAACCUCAACACAACAUACAACUCAACCAUACAGCUCAACUACCGACAGACUGAGCUGGCCUUCUGGACGAUGUAUCUACCGACUGUAGUGGGCCGGUUUGUCCCGACCUACCCUCCUAUCAAUGAGUAUUGGUGGGAGCCGAAGCAGCCGCUACAGAUCGCCUUUUGGACGGUUUCAGUGGCGUGUCUACUCCUCAUCGUGUUGGUGGUCGUGUGUUGUAUGCUGUGGCGGAACGCUAAGAGGGCUAUACCUCCUAAAUGGAAAUUACUACCGGCAAUAGAAUCUGACCGUUUCUACGAUGGAGACAUAUUCAUGGUGCCAGAGCUGGACGAAAGCGGCAUAGACAACACGACGCGGUCGCGCGACAACAUCUACGAAUAUCGCGACGUUCCUGUGAAGAAACCGCACACACCUCCUACCCUUAGUCGAGCUACAUCGCAACCUGCCACACUGGCAACGCUGUCCACUCGGCCUGCGUCGGCCGCGUCCACCGGCUCCGCGCUGUCCCUCAAGGACGGGCUCGUGGCCUCCUCCCCCGCCCCCGCGCCCGGCCCGCCGCUGCCCCGCGCGCGCUCCAGGACACUGAUGGUGAAAGGGGUGCCACAGACCACAGUGUAAACUAUACGCUACGGUAUCCGCUAGUUUAUUAAUCCCCAAAAUGACGUCAGACCGCCCCACGAUGACGGGGCGCGUUCCGACAGCUCCCAGCGCGGAAGCACCCCGGCAGGGGUGUCGAAUGAAGACAUACCACCCUAGUUUAUUAAUCAUCGUCACAGGAACGUAGGUACACUAUAUUCUAGACGAGACAAUUUAGCAGCGUAGGCAGGGUCUUGCCUUGUCUCUUAAAGAUCUCGAGCCCGGCCGACUACAAAAAGAUGUAUCCACAUUUUCACCUUCUUGUAUUGUACAUACAAUCACGCCUGUGUCCCAUGAAGGGGUAGGCAGAGCACAUGAAACUACUCA